GCAGACUGCACGUGUAGUUGUUUUUUUGUUUAUGUAAAAACGCUCCUGAAUUUUGUAAAUUAUUAAGAGGUAAAAUGGCCAGAAGACCAGAGCAUGCAGCACCACCGGAAAUUUUUUACAACGAUGAUGAGGCCAAAAAAUAUUCUACUAACACACGCAUCAUUGAGAUCCAAGUGGAAAUGGCCGAGCGUGCCUUGGAACUGCUGGCUUUUCCCGAAGACGGCGAUGAAACACGCUUGAUUUUGGAUAUUGGCUGUGGUUCUGGGCUCUCGGGUAGCGUUCUCGAGGACAGCGAUCACAUGUGGAUCGGCAUUGACAUAUCAAAAUCCAUGCUAGAUAUUGCGGUGGAGCGGGAAGUGGCUGGAGAUGUGAUACUGGGCGACAUGGGCGAGGGUUUGCCAUUCAAGCCAGGCACCUUUGACGGCGCCAUCUCGAUCUCUGCCCUCCAGUGGCUCUGCAAUGCCGAUAAGUCGUACCACAACCCGCACAAGCGCCUGCUGAAGUUCUUUACCACAUUGUUUUCCUGUCUGACGCGUACCGCCCGUGCUGUCUUCCAAUUUUAUCCGGAGAACUCAGACCAAAUUGAAAUGGUCACCUCGCAGGCCAUGAAGGCGGGCUUUUACGGAGGUUUGGUUGUGGACUAUCCCAACUCCGCCAAGGCCAAGAAGUACUAUCUGGUGCUGAUGACUGGAGGAUCGGCUGAGCUGCCAAAGGCUUUGGGUUCCCCUGAGGAGGAGCGUCGCGUAAACUACAUCAAGAAACGUGAUGCCUGCCGUGAGGCACGGGGCAAGGCCCCUAAGAAAUCUAGAGAUUGGAUUCUAGCAAAGAAGGAGCGUCGAAGGCGCCAGGGAUUGGAAACCCGUCCUGAUACAAAGUACACAGCCCGCAAGCGCAGUGGGAAAUUUUAAAUAAAGUUAACGUAGUUAAUCACACAAAGAUUUUUAAUUUAUUUGGAGAUCAGUUGAUUGUUCGGCGUCGCAUCCAUAAACAAUUAUUUCCUAAUGUAAAGCACAUACUUUUAUUAUGGUUCUCAAACAUUAUUUAAUUUUAUAAAACAUAUUUAUUACUAAAACAUGAGAUUUUUUAAAGGCGAAAAAAAAUAACAUUUACAAAUGGGAAUAAUUUAAUUUAGUUUUAUAAACUUAUUUAAAUGUUUUCAUAUUGUAAUGUAUCUAAAUAGGGCCAGGAACUUGCUUUAAAGUUUAAGAAUUUUACUAUAAUUUGACAUUUGCCGAUC